GUCGCUAGCCAACAAUGUGCUGUAGUCGUGACUGAAAACAAUGACCGAUGCCGGGUUUUUUCGCGGGACGAGCGCAGAGCAAGAUAAUCGCUUCACCGACAAACAGAAAAAGCUCUUGAAGCAACUGAGAUUUCACGAUGUUCUCAACAAAAGGGUUGACAUGACCAAAGUGAACCUGGACACCGUCAAGCCAUGGAUCACGAAGAAGAUAACCGAGUUACUUGGGAUGGAGGAUGAAGUCGUGGUCGAGUUUGUUUUUAACCAACUAGAGGCAGACAAGCAUCCAGACCCACGGAUGAUGCAGAUCAACCUGACAGGCUUCCUGAAUGGCAAGAAUGCUCGCGACUUCAUGGGUGAGAUGUGGACCCUGCUGCUCAGUGCGCAGGAGACAGGUGGCAUUCCUGCAGAGAUCCUCGAAGAGAAGAAGGCGGAGAUCAGAAGACGCCAGGAGGAGCAAGAGAGAAUGCAUGACAGCGCUAGACGAGCAGAAGAACGUGAGCGGGAGAAAAUGGUUGAUAGGGCAAGGGAAGCUGCAGCUGCAUCUCUACGAGACAGAUCACCGGAGAAGCCAAAAGAGAGGCCAAACCAUUCCGAGGUCAAGCCAAGGGAAAAGCCAGCCGAGGAAAGGCCACACAGGGUGUUUGUCGAGAAGGAGCUUGAGCCUCUACCUCGGAGAGAUGUGUCAGAGCCAAGGCCCAAAGAGAAAGCUCCAUCACCAAUAGUUGAAGUUCGGAAAGAGAGUACAGAAAAGCACAGGCCCGAGAGCCCACGGAGGCAGCGCACUCCGCCAACCAAAGAUCGACGUCGCAGGUCUCGAUCACCAAGAAGAUCGCGCAGUCCUCGAAGGCGCAAGUCCCCACACCACGGGAGGCACCCUUCACACCAUCACCGAAGUCCAGAGUCUCAUAGGCACAGACGGCACCGUUCCGAGUCUCCAGCCGGGUCCAUUUCCAGUUCCUCAUCCGCUUCAAGUUCAAGCCAUGGUUCUGUCAAGAAGGCAAAACCAGAGAAACGGCAAGCGGUCUCUCCGCUGCUAGAAAAACUGGGCCAGCGCAAGAACUCUGUUCAACAGAAGCGCCACUAUCGCUCUCAGGGCCAGGAGGAGUCGGCAAGCAGCUCAGACGAGAGCCCGACUGCUCGAAGGCCACCUGGGGAUAAGCCGAGAGGAGCUGGACGCAGGCGGGGUGGCCGCCGACGAAGUGGGUCAGCAUCGUCCUCUGGCUCCGGGGCCUCGGCAUCACCAGAAAGACGUAGACCACGGCCAAGCCCCCCACGUGGCAGGCCUUACAGGAGCCCAUCACCUAGGCUCCGUCACGGGCACCGGAGGAGCAUGAGCCCUGGCAGGAAGCACAGGCCAUCUCCACUGCCUCUGCGUGAGGAGAGGCGUCGAAUGCCUUCACCACCAUACGAAAGGAGACCUCCGCCUCGAUCGGCUAUGAGCCCACGCAGGGAACAGCGAGCCAUGAAUCAGCAUUCAAGAAGCCGUGCCAGAAGGUCUCGCAGUCCAUCGGAAGCUGUUGAGCGUUAUAGAGAGGCUGAUGCACGACGCCAAGCACAUCCGCAGAACAGUCAUCACGUGAGUCAUCAACAAAGAAAGCGAAGAGCUCCAGUGCGCUCAGAAUCAUCGUCCUCAUCAUCUGCAGAGGAGCCUCUACCACGCAGAAAAGGGGCACCACCUCCUGAUGAUGAAUCAGGCUCAAGUUCAUCAUCAUCAGAGUUUACAUCUCCCGAGAGGCCGGUGAAACCUCCAGACUAUGGUGGCCGACGGCAGCACAACUCAUCUCCGUACAGGAAGAAGGUUCCCAAGGAAGCGUCACCCCCAUUGGCCAAAAAGAACCAGCCAGCAGGCAGAGAUCAUGAUUCCUCACGGGAGCGAGACGUCGCUGAAGUGAGACGACCUGCUCCAAAGCAGGAGCCCUCAAGACCGGAAAGACCUGAGCCCGAGUCUGAAUCCGAGUCUGAGUCUUCAUCAGAGUACGAAGAAGUAGAAGUGGUGGCCAAGAGCCCUCCCGUCUCACCUGACAGGCAGUCUUCAAAGAAGAUCAAGAAGAAGCGGAGAAGGGAAUCGGAGUCUAGCGAUUCGGAGGGAUCUAAGAAGAGGAGAAAAAGGCACAAGAAGCACAAGAAACAUCGGAAGCAUAGGAAGCACAGGAAAUCAAGCCGGAAAAGUGGCGAAGAGGAGGAGGAGGAGGAUGAUGAUGGAAUGACUGAAGAGAGGUCGGAGGAUGAGAACAAUGCCGAAGAGAUGGAACGAAAGUUGCGUGAAAAAGCCCUGCGGUCGCUGACUAAGGCUCGGCGGGGCAGCCUCUCCUGUGACGAUUCGCAAGAAAGCUCCACAGCUGUGUUUGUAGCAAACUGACAUACAGGCUGGACUGGUGUUCCUUUUUUUUUUAAUCUCUCCUAAGAGAAGUUUGCUCACAGUCCACAGUGAAUGUCAUAAUGUUAGAUCCUUCCUGCUUUUUUUUUUUCUCUGUUUUACGUGUUGUGGAAGAUCUGUUUUGCAUGUAACUUUUCUUUCAAGUCCUCGUGUACAUGUGCAUUGGUAGCUUUGUAUUGUUGAUGUUCCCAAUA